GAAGCCGACGGGCCCUCGAUGGCAGCGCGGCGGCGCCGGGACGCGCGCCCCGCCGUCCUCUCGCUGGAGGAAGCAUUUUGAGAACCAGGCCCUGUUUUUUGAUCUGGGAAAGACAGACGUGACGUAAGGCUGAUACUCUACCGCCUUAGCUCCGAAAAACUGUCUUCAGAAAAAACUGUCUUAAGGCCGAGCUUCUCACCCUUCGUUUCACACUGGAAUCGCUGGCAUGUUGUUUAAGAACUGAUGGAUCUACUUUUCAGAAUAAGAGGAGGCCUUGAUCUGGCUUUUCAGCUAGCAACUGCUAAUGAAAUUUGUAUCAAGAAGGCACUAAACCAUGUGCUGAGUGACUUGUCCACCAAACUUUCUUCAGAUGCGCUUGUAUUCAAAAUUUCCAACAGUUCAGUGUAUAUAUGGCCGAACAGUGACAUAAACUCCAUCCCAGGAGAAUUGACUGACAGCUCUGCUUGUAAGACCAUAAUACAGUUUAUUCAGUUUGGGCAACAAGAAGAUACAAAACGAAGAUUCAUGAGAAAGAAAGACAAAAAUCUAUCAAACAUGACUCAAGUAGUAAAUAUAGAUCUUAUGCUGGAAAUGACAACCUCUGUGGCAGCCAUAACCCCUGUCAUCGAAAGGGAAAAUGGAGGACACCACUACAUCAUGAUGACCUUGCCAGUCGAUGCAGUUGUAUCUGUUGGUCCAGAAGAAGCAUGGGGAAGAGUUCGUAAACUUCUAGUGGAUGCAAUUCACAAUCAACUAACUGAUAUGGAAAAAUGCAUUUUGAAGUAUUUGAAAGGGACAUCUAUUGUGGUCCCUGAACCACUGCAUUUUUUAUUACCAGGAGAAAAAAAUCUUGUAACCAUUUCAUAUCCAUCAGGAAUUCCAGAUGAUCACCUGCAUACCUAUAGAAAGGAGCUACAUGAUCUCUUCAAUCUGCCUCAUGACAGACCUUACUUCAAAAAGUCUAAUGCUUAUCACUUUCCAGGUGAACCAUACAAAGAUGGUUACGUUAGAAAUCCACAUGCUUAUCUUAAUCCACCUAACAUAGAGGCUGGUGUGAUUCGUGUGGUCCAAGGCACAUAUGGUUAUCAUCAUUACAUGCAGGAUCGGAUAGAUGACAAUGGCUGGGGCUGUGCUUAUCGAUCUCUACAGACUAUUUGCUCUUGGUUCAAACAUCAGGGGUACACAGAGAGGUCCAUUCCAACACACAGAGAAAUUCAGCAGGCUCUAGUUGAUGCCGGUGACAAGCCAGCAACAUUUGUCGGGUCACGGCAAUGGAUCGGAUCUAUUGAGGUACAGCUGGUUCUAAACCAAUUGAUUGGUGUAACUUCAAAAAUACUGUUUGUCAGCCAAGGUUCAGAGAUGGCCUCUCAGGGACGGCAACUGGCUAACCAUUUCCAGAGUGAGGGCACUCCAGUAAUGAUCGGAGGAGGAGUUUUGGCUCACACAAUACUAGGAGUUGCAUGGAAUGAAGUUACAGGACAGAUAAAAUUUCUGAUUCUAGACCCACAUUAUUCAGGUGCUGAAGAUCUGCAAGUUAUCUUGGAAAAGGGCUGGUGUGGAUGGAAGGGCCCAGACUUUUGGAACAAGGAUGCUUACUAUAACUUAUGCCUUCCUCAACGACCAAAUAUUUUUUAAUUAUCAUGAAUUCAAAGACUGUAGCAAAAUGGUAUUAUGAUGUUAAAAAUAAGUUUAAUUUAAAAAUAAAUUUUGGGCUGGAGAGAUGGCUUAAUGUUUAAGCAUUUGCCUGUGAAGCCUAAGGAUCCCAGUUUGAGGCUCGAUUCCCCAGGACCCAUGUUAGCCAG